AGAUGAUGGAGCUGCUGACUGGAGAGGUUCCUGUAAGGUGUCAGGAUGUGGCGGUCUAUUUCUCCAUGGAGGAGUGGGAGUAUGUAGAAGGACACAAGGAUCUGUACAAGGAGGCCAUGAUGGAGGCUCCCCGGCCUCUGACAUCACCAGAAAAUCCCAGUAAGAACUCUGAGGAAAACUUAAUGUUAUCACUAGAUUGUAAAGAAGAAGAUGAAGAUAUCGAGCAGCGCUCUUCAGAAGAAAAUCUCAUUAUUUUUACAGUCCAUCCAGGACUUCACAGUACAGAUUUAUCAGAUAAUCUUCCUAAUCAUGAGGAACCUUUUCCUGACCAAUCACAGAUUGUUACCACAAGUUCCAGGUGUAAAAUGUUUCAAUGUGGGGAAUGUGGAAAACAGUUUAAACAACGCUCAGGUCUUUUUACCCACAGAAGAAUUCACACAGGAGUGAAGCCAUAUUCAUGUUCAGAAUGUGGGAAAUAUUUUAAUACUAAAGACAAUCUCAAGGUCCAUCAGAGAAGUCACACAGGAGAGAAGCCGUAUUCAUGUUCAGAAUGUGAGAAAUGUUUUACAGAUAAAUCGGGUCUUGUCAAACAUCAGCGAUAUCACACAGGAGAGAAACCGUAUUCAUGUUCAGAAUGUGGGAAAUGUUUUACAAGUAAAAUAGAUCUUGUUAUACAUGAGAGAAUUCACACAGGAGAGAAGCCAUAUUCAUGUUCAGAAUGUGGUAAAUGUUUUAUAAAGAAAUCAGAUCUUGGUAAUCAUGAGAGGAUUCACACAGGAGAGAAGCCAUAUUCAUGUUCAUUAUGUGGGAAAUCUUUUCCAGUCAGAUCAUAUCUUGUUAAACAUGAGAAGAGUCACACAGGAGAGAAGCCGUAUUCAUGUUCAGAAUGUGGUAAAUGUUUUACAAAUAAAUCACAUCUUUUUAGACAUGAGAGAAUUCACACAGGAGAGAAGCCAUUUUCAUGUUCAGAAUGUGGGAAAUGUUUUAUUACUAAAGACAGCCUCAAGCUUCACGUGAGAAGUCACACAGGAGAGAGGCCAUAUUCAUGUCCAGAAUGUGGAAAAUAUUUUACAGACAAAUCACAUCUUCUUAGACAUCAGAAAGUUCACACAGGAGAGAAGCCAUUUACAUGUUCAGAAUGUGGCAAAUGUUUUGCACAAAAGACAAAUCUCGUUACACAUAAGAAAAUUCACGCAGAAGUGAGAAAAUUUUGAGAUCAUCAGUUAGAAAAAAAAACAAGCGUAAAUCAUAUUCUUGUUUGGAUUGUGGGAAAGGUUAUGUGGUAUUAAACCCAUUAAGUUAUUCACAUACAUUUUCUUUGGUGGAAUUAGCAUGGAUCUUCCAAACACGAAAUUAUAUUUACUUGAGGUCAUCAGUGACUGCGAUCCAUGGAGGAACAGCAUGGUGGAUAUGAGGAAGAAAAGGAGGAGCACUGUUUACUGUCAGAGCAUUAAAG